UCAUAUGUUUGCGACAGAGUUUGCAACACAACGCGAACUUUUUAUUCACAAUCUUUGCAGUUGGCAACCCGGAUUUCAUUUCACGUCACAAAUCACCGUUUACGUCAUCAAUACAUCACACUUUUUGACCAACAAAAUCAGGAGUUAUAAAGCCGGUAUUUCUGAUCCACGUGUAAAGAUAAAGAGAACUUUCUUAAUCUUGGACCGCCGGUCUUGGACAACAAUCCACGCGGGCAUGCUCCCAUACUCAGAACUCAUCUGGAGCGUGAUGCCAUUUUCUCAUACUCGCGAAUGACACAAUCACUCCACAGGACGCUUGGUGGAAGAACAAAAAUAAUUUAGAGUGUGUAACUAUAAUCUUUACUAGAUCGGGAUGCCAGACGAAAGACAGCCAAUGUUACAAGGUGGUAACAACACAAUGUACACACAAGCACAGGGAUAUCCUCCACAGCAGCAAGGGGGUUACCCCCCUCCCCAACAAGGUUACCCUCCCCCUCAGCAGCCUGGAUACCAACAACCCCAACAGCAACCUGGAUACCCACCUGCACAGGGUUACCCCCCUCCACAGCAGGGUGCUGGUGGUUACCCCCCUCCACAGCAGGGUGCCAGUGGUUACCCCCCUCCUCAGGGAUCGUAUCAAGGUGCCCCUGCUGGAGCUGGAGUACAGGAGACUGACACACCUACUUUCAAGGGAGAAAUACCAGAUGAUGAUGUGGAAGUUAAUCCUGAUAAUCCUUCUAGUGCAGCUCCUACUGCAACAGCCCCUCCCAUAGAAAAGAUGGAUCAAGUUGCUGGUUACAACCAGAUGGAUGCCCCUCUUCCCCCUCCCCCACCACCUUCUUAUGAUGAGGCUACCCAGCCAACACAACGGGCCGGUAUCCAACAAACCCCAACAUUGACCGAUGAUGAAGCCAAGGAAGCACUAGUCUCAUUCGUGGCAGAGAAUUGUUGCUAUGGUAAAAAGGCAGCUACGAACCUUCAUAUAAAUGAACUUAAACACACUGCAGCAUUCCAUUACACGCUUGAGACAUUUACUGAGAAGAGAACAACUAAGUGGGUUCAUGAACCAUUCUCAGGUCAGCCCAUUGAUGGCCCACACAACGGGCCCGCCCCUCUUCCGUGGAACAUUGCUGUCAAUGUCCCCAGCAUGUUUCAAAACAGCAUUGCAAAGGUCGAGGUACCGCAUACAGCAUCUGUAAAGCCAUGUCAUGACUGUCAUGCUAUUGGAUUUCGCAGAUGUCACAUCUGUUAUGGACGUGGAAGGACCCGGUGUCAUACGUGCCAUGGACAUGGACGUCGUCAGGUCAGUCAUUAUGAUCACCAUGAGAAGAGGCACAUCUCUCGCUGGGAAUCAUGUACCUUCUGUCAUGGGAGGGGUAGAAGAAGGUGUUAUACAUGCCACGGUCAUGGACAGAUCACAUGUUGCACCUGCUCUGGACGUGGAAGCCUGAAAUGUUUCAUCCAACUCACCGUCAAUUGGACCAACCAUCUGAAUGAUAACAUAGUUGAACGCACUGCCUUGCCAGAUGAACUCAUUCGUAAUGUAACAGGCCAGGUCGCAUUCAAAGAGGAAAAUGCAAGGGUCUGGCCUAUCAAUCACUUUCCAGACCAAGCUAUCAACCAAGCAUCAAGAGACCUCGUUCGACAACAUUCUGGUGCAUUCCAGCUUGAACGCAUCCUGCAACAGCGUCACCAGGUUCGCAUUAUUCCUGUUGCUGAGUCCAUUUGCCAGUGGAAGGACAAGAACUUUUCUUUCUUCGUCUACGGAUUUGAACGUAAAGUCCAUGCCCCUGAUUACCCACAGCAGUGCUGCUGCGGCUGUACCAUUUUGUAAAGGGGAUGAUGCUCCACAUGUCGACAGAUAACUCUACACAUUUAAAUUUCCAGUAUAAAAUUGUCAAAAUUCCCAACUGGCCUCAUAAAUAAUCAUUUUUCGUAGGCUAGUCUUAUAUUUGAGAACUGAUAACUAAGACAUUUGCAGUAGUAUUUUCCAAGAUAUGGUCCAAGUUUGCAGUUGUUUAGGCAUCAUUUGAAUUUGAAUCCUCAGUUUGCUGUAAUAUAUAAAUUCUUGGCCCUAUGCCUUAAAUGAUACAAUAAACUGUAAAAUCAAGGGCAACUAUAUGCCCAUGAUAAAGAUUGUACAAAAAUGUAUAAAUCUCUUGUAAAUAUCAAUUGUAUCUCUUAAUGUUACAUAGCCCUGUUCAUUUUUCACAUCAACAGUAAUAUGUGAAGAGUACUGGCUUAGUUUAGAUCAGUGACAUUCAUUAUCUGUCAUUGAGUGAUUACUUUUUACUUAAUAAUGGCAUUGAAAGAAGUGACUUAAAAGGGGUCUGUUCUUUCUUGAGGGUAGUAGCACAGUGGGUGGGCUGUCAUAGGCUCUCGUACCAGAAUAUUGU